AUGGGUGUGGCGCCGGUCAAGCUCGCGAGAUCCUGGACCACGACCACCAUGCGAGGAGGUGGCGGCGCAUUUGACUUUACCGUUUUCUCCAACUUCAUGCUAGGAAUCUACAACCUCAUGAGCGUUUCCAACCAUCACUUCCAACACCGUGCGACUUUCACCGUCGUUGUAAAGACGGCGAAUGCAUCCCCCACGCCGACUGUUGUGGAGUAGGUGCUGACUCCUGGGUUCAGCAACCAAGGUUGAGCAUCUGUCGAAGUAUAGCCAGUCGAAUUUUUGCUUCCCAGGCAACCUCAUCAAAU